GCGUUCGCCUGACUGCAUUGUGGUAGACCCAAGAUACGUAGCUACGAAAGCAACAGCAAGCCGUGCCGACGGCGAACUUGGGGAAGGAGCGGCGUUUACGUUUUAGAAGACUCGAUCAUCCGCUCUGGAUUGGGCAGUCCCUACCGUCUUUCGGAUUCUCUUUCCCGUCUCUCGGUGGUCUCUUAUUCUUUCACUGCGUUGACGACGUCUUCAACCUUUUCAUUCCGUACACGUUUAUUACGGUUCGGUCCUUGUGGCCGGACCAAGACAAUUCUGUUACUUUCUUUUUACCAUCCACAUUCGCCUUCAUCAAAGGAAUUCACGAAGGUGUUGUUGCAAUUCAAACCCCAGCAGGCGCAAGCGCAUCCGCAACGACGUAAGCUUUGACUUAAGGCGCAUUUUCGUCGCGCGUAUUAGAGCACACAAUCAUGCCCCGUUAUCGUUGUAUGUGGUAUGACGGCGAAGGCCACCCGAUUAGAGGAGGAUGUAAGAGGUUCGCGAGCUGUGACUUCGUUCAUCCCAGUGAGGCAGGAUGGGAUGCUGCCAUACCAUCCAAAAACAAACCAUUCGAUGGACCUAGGAACCCUGCAUCUGGUUUCCCGGCUACUUCGACGAACGCCUCGGAGCUUGGAAAACGUUCUACUCCCUGGGGCGCAUCAAGCGAUCCGCGAAAGCGACAGGCUUCUGGCCAAGAAGAUAGUUUCGGCGCCGGUGGCUGGGGCAGCACUGACAGUGAUAAAAAUAAGACCGACAGUUCAUGGGGCGGUGGAGGCUGGGGAGGUACUUCUGCGAGCAAUGACUCGGGCGGCUGGGGUGCGCCGCCUGAAAUUGAUUUCGGCUGGGGAGUCCCUCCAGAAAAUGAUUCUGGGUGGGGCUCUGCGUCGGGGUGGGGAACGUCCGCAGGCUGGGGAGAGCCAUUGCCGGCCACAAACACCGGCGGAUGGGGAAGUCCUUCUGGCUGGCGUGAUGCAGAGAAAGACACGGGUAAAGGCAAGGAGAAGGAGCAGGUACCAGUUGUCGACAACAGGCGAUCUGGAUGGGGCGCUCCGUGGAAUCCUCUUAACAGCCCAAAGAGAGAUGACGCUCUUGCAAGGGACAUGGUAUCUACGACCGGUGGCGGCAACGGCUGGGGCGACCCAACUGCUACCAUGGCCGGCGUAGAAGAAGGGCGGGCAGACCAUGCACCAGCAACAACCGGUGCUCCUCCGCUACGAUCCCCAAGGAGAGAGGACCCUUCUGAAGAAGAUGCGUCGGAAACGCCCAUAGCGCAAAACGAGGAAACGUCAAGCAAGGUCAAGGCGCCGGUAGCACCUCUGUUCGACACGGUGGAAGACGCACAUAAGGAUGUGGACUUUUCUCUGUUUGAUGCGAACCAGCUCCACGAGAGGUUUACGCUUAUCAGGUCCAUGUCGCCCUCAGAGCGGUCAGAUGUGUCUUCAAAUGCUUCAGAAACAGACAGAAAGACAAUCUGGAAUACAUACAUGGGGCAGCUCAUACGGGCGUCGCGAUACUACGAUAAAAUGCAGGCUGUGGAGAAGCAGCGCAAGUUCAACCGCGACCUCAGGCACUCCAAGUACUAUAAAGGCAUACCUGAGGAUUCCGCCGCAUACCAAAAACUCGUCAGUCUGCGCGAGGAGGACGAACGGAAAUACCAAUCGGCCAAGAAGAAAUUAUACCAAGCACUUGAAGCGCUCAUUGAAUUGGAAUCCCCUGCCAUGACUGUAGGUUUGAGCGAAGACGAACAGGCCAAGGCCGAAGAGACAAAGAAAUACUUGCAAGAAACACACGAAUGGAUCGAGUCCAUUCGUCCUUUGGCCCAGAAGAUGAAGUCGGAAUCGCCGGCGCUUACAGUUGAUUCGAGUGCCACCACACCUGGUCAAAAACGUCGCAGGUCAUUCGCUCUCACAAACGACACUAUGGCCGAUCUGCGAACUCACAUAGACAAGCUCACAGGCAAGCUCGACGAUCUGGAGGAAUAUUUUCAUUCCGCCAUCCUCGAUCAUCAACAAGAACAAUACCAAUUACAAUUGAUGGACCGGUUCGAGGCCGCGUCUGCUAUGGUGGACGCCGUCCCGACUGACGACUCUGACAUGCUUGUGCUCGCGGCUGAGGAAAAGAUGCGACCUAUGGUCAAGAGAUUCGAAGACAGGUCAAAUCAACUUUCGGCAGAAAUGGCCGCGGUCCGCGCUGAAUUUGAGCCCUGUCGGGCCACGCUCGAGAAGGGCAGAGUAGAGCAAUUGUCGUUGUUGCAGGAGAGGGCGGAGUUGAGACAUAUUGUGUUUACUGUCAGUUUUCUGUUCUUUUCCUAUAUGAUGUCCAACUUAUACAAUUGUUAUUCGCAGGUUUACAAAGAGAACACCCAGAUGUCAUCUACUGUCCAAGAUCAAAAUAAAUCCAUUGAGUUCCUCAAAGCCGCAGUCGCGCAGAUCCAAUCCCAACCGCCUCCACCAGCUCCCCCCAGCGCACACGAUCUCGUCGAAGAGCUAAAACAUGAGGUCGUCGCCUCGUGCCGAGGAGACAUGAAGUUUACAUUUGAGGAAAUACAGAAGAACGUUCAGGUGGCCAUGGCGGAAAACUCAAAGCAAGCUGUGGGGAGCGUGUGGAAGACUAUGCAUCCGGCCUUGGUCUUGAUGGAGCAAAUACAGAAUUUCGUGGCAGAAGAGGCGGAGAAGGUUUCGCAGGCGCAGAUGGGAAGGGCGCAGAAUCAAUCCUCGGGUGCUGGCCCCUCUCAGUCCGCUUCGACGGCUCCUUUGUGAAAGCCAUGCACCCGUAACUCGUCCUAUGGUGUUUUCCUUGUUUCCUUGCUACUGGCUUAUUGUACGCCUUGCUCUAAUAAUCCCUCUUUGAUUUUGUUGACUUUCUUGCUGAUUUUUCGUUCCUAUUGUGCAUCAUGCUUUGUCUAUCUCGCUUUUGCUCCCCGCCCACAAAGUGCAUAUGUUUAUGAUAUGCCUGUAUACACAUGCUUCUAUGUUGGCCUCGCUUGUCUCUAUAGCUCAUUUUCUUGCUUCUUGGUUUAUCAUUUACCCGUCUGGUGUGUCUAUAGCAGUAACUACAAAAGUCUCUCGUGUUCAUAGGUGUAGGAUUAUGUUACAAUAUGAUGAAUUUACAUGUCCGUAUAAUUUGGGGAGUGCCCUGCUGCUCCA